AAAGCUAUAAAUUUGUCAUUUUUGACAUAUAAAUUAAUUUCAUAUUUUGAAAUAUUUUACCAAAUUUAUUUUUCUUUUUAUUACAAUGGAAGCUAAAGAAUCUGUUCAAACCACUUCCACGUCAGAAGGGCGCAGAUUUGCUAGUUCGGUUCCCACACACGAAGCUACAGGAGUAAAACCACUAACGGGUUAUUUAACAACAAUGAUGCAUCUUGCUAAAUGUUACGUUGGCACAGGGAUUUUUGCUAUGGGGGAAGGUUUCAGAAACAGUGGACUUAUUCUAGGACCUGUCCUACUUGCGUUCUUAGCUCUAUUAAAUUUAAAUUGUCAACACAUUCUAGUCAAAACUGUUAUAAAAGUUGCCGAACAAGAAGAAGAAGAUGUAAAACCCACUUUUGCUGAAACUGUUGAAUACACAUUUGAAACCAGUUCUAUAAAAUGUUUGCAAAAACAUUCAACAGGCUUAGCAUGGAUGACAAACAUUUUUCUUUGUUGUACUGAAUUGGGAUUUUGCUGUGUUUAUUUCGUAUUCAUUGCAGAUCAUUUAGUUCAAAUAGCUGAAAAUAAUAAUUUAAUGGAAAUAAACAAUCCUUCAAACAAACACAUAGUGCUGGCAAUUAUAUUACCUCCAAUGUGGGCUUCAACGUUUUUAGGAAAUUUGAAAUUGUUACUUCCUUUAUCAAUAAUUGCAAAUUUCUUAAUGUGGGCGGGUGUAGUAAUAAUUGUUUAUUUUACUGUACAAGAUCUUGAUCCAAGUGCUUGGACUACAAACGCAGUGAAGCCUAUUUAUCGAUUGCCCUUGUUUUUUGGAACUGCACUUUACGCUUUUGAAGGAAUAACAUUUGUCAUUCCAUUACGAAACGAAAUGAAAGAACCUGAAAAAUUUCUGAGUACUUUUGGUGUACUCAAUGUGGGAAUGACGUUUGUUGCAUUUCUAUACAUAUUAGUUGGUAUACUCGCAUAUUGGAAGUAUGGAGAAGAUGUUGAAAGUAGCGUUUUUUUAAAUAUUACUGCUGAAAACAAGAUAUUGCCGGACAUUAUCAAUUCUAUGAUGGCCAUAGCAGUGUUAUUCACUUUUACUCUCCAUAUGUAUGUACCAUUUGAAAUCACUUUUCCGUUAUUUUAUCGAAAAUAUGGACCUUUCAAACAUACACGUCUUGUAAUGAUUGUAUACAGAUCAAUUCCAGUUUUGGUGACAUUUACUAUGGCAAACGUGAUUCCAUUUUUGGGCCUUUUUAUAUCAUUUGUGGGUGCAUCGGCAGGAGCAUUUUUGGCACUGAUAUUACCGCCCAUAUUAGAAUUAAUUGCAUUUAAAGGCCAACUUUCAAUUUUUGAGAUCAUAAAAAAUUUAUUUAUAAUUAUUGUUGGUGUAUCUGGAUCAAUAGCUGGGACAAUUUUAAGUGUUAAAGAUAUUGUAGAGAAAUUUCUAGAAGAAUAUUCCUGAUUCAUAUAUUAAUACUUGUACAUUUUUUAAUUUAUUAAUACAGAGUUCUAACACA